AUGAUAAGAAUAUAUCCUUAUCCUUUUAGUAAACAUGUUAAAUCAUUACCAGACCCACCACCAGGAAAAUCAAGAGAAGUAAAGAGUUUUGAAUGUAAAAAACGUGAAAAUGACUAUAGUUGGCUACUGAAAGCGCGAAGUAAUUUGAAAAAAUGUUUUCAUUUAUGUGAUAUAUGCAUUCAAAAAUUUAAUUAUAUGAAAUGCUUAGUGAGAACUUCAAAUGUGCAAUAUGAAAAUAAUUUAAAUGGCAAUACCGUGAAAGGAAAUUCCAAAGAUGGAAAAAAGGGAAUUGUAGAAUACAUAUCUACCACACAUUUGUGUGAGAACAAUAAAAUUAUUAAGCAUGAAAGGGAAAUGUAUGACGUAAAAAACAUGUUAAAGAUAAAUAGUAAUACAUCAAAAAAUAGGAUGGGUAGCAAUCAAAGUGUUAUCAGCUUAAAAUCAUUAAAUAAUAAUAGUAUUUUAUUUAGCAACUCUUUAAAUUAUAAUGAAAGUAAUCCCUUAUCAUUUAAUGAUGACGUCUUUAUAUUUUUAGAUUAUUAUCCAGGAAAACGUACAACUAGUCAUCAAAAAGAGGAUAAAAAUAAUGACUUAAAAUUGCAAAAUGUGAGCCUCUCAAAGGGUGAUGAUCUUAUGACCCCUCCAUAUGAAAUGGACGACAUGAUAAUACACAUAAAAAGACAUCUUAAAAAUAAUGUAUCGUAUUUUGCUUGUAAGCAUGUUAAAAUUGAUGAGUUGCAUAAUGUAAAUGACGAAAGCACUAAUUAUGAUAGUAUAAAUAUUUAUAUGUAUGACAAUGGUAAAGAAUGUUUUUCUGUGUAUGAUUCUGCAAUAAAUCCAUGUGAGGAAAAGGGAUUAUUUAAUUUAUCACAACCACUUAUUAUAACUGAAUCUAGUGAAAAGAAUGAAAAAAAGGAAUACGUCCCUGAAUCAGGCGAUUUUAAGAAUAUGUGCAACAACAGCUAUCCAUAUGAAUCUUUAAACAAAUAUAACAUAAGUAAAGAUAUUGAGCAAUCAGAUCUUAACCUUGAACACAUCAGUGAAAAUUGCAAACUGUUUAAUAUUUCUCACUUUUAUGUUAACGAAAAAUUUGACACCAUAAAUAAAGAAAGUGAAAAACAAAAUGAUAAGAAUUGUGAAAACAGCAUCAAAAAUAAGAUAAUUGACAAAAACAUUAAUGGUGUCAAUAACCAUGAUAAUAUGAAAAAUGUAAACCAAAAAAUUGAAGGUUAUGGGGAUAGAAUAGAUAAUAAUUGUAAAAAUGAGGCAAUUUUUGAAAAACAUGCACUUAAAAAAUCGAACAAGCACACACAGAUAUUAAUCCAAGGAAAAACGGAAAGAACAUUAAUUGAUGAAUUGAAGGAAAAAUUGAUAAAGAGAAAAAAUUCAUAUAUUGAAAGUCAUAGUAAACAAAAUAAAAAUAUACUAGAUGAUGCAUUGACACAAGAAGAAAAGGAAAAAAUGAUCCCUGAACAAAAUAUCCAAUAUUUAGAAACUAAUAGUAGAGACUGUUCUAAAGAAACACGCAAAAGUAGUUUUACCCCUGUGGAAGGCAAUUUGAAAACAUUACAUAUUUAUAAAAAGAAUAACGUAAGGAAGGAAAAGACAAUUAACAACGUUAAUAUUGAUGAAUUUAAGAGGAAAAUUAAAAACUCUGUAAACUUAAUUCCAAAUAGUGGAGGAAAUAGUUCAAAUGAUUUUAAAGCAUUACAUAUCAAAGCAAAAAAUGUGAAUGGGAAAACGACUUAUUCUAGUGGCAGGGAGCUUGAAAAUAAUAUUCGUAAUAGAGGUAUUUGUUGUCUAAAACAUAAUAUAGGUACCAUUGCUAAUGAAAAAAAUAAAAAAGACAGAAAUUCAAGGAGUUUUAAAAAAAAACAUAAAGGAUCCAAGGAUGAUUUAUAUAUAUGUAAUUGUGAUAUAGGAGUAAAAUCUUUCAGUAUUGAUGAAGAGGAAAAAUAUAGAAAUUUCAAAUUGUUAGAACAAAUAAAAAGCAAUAAAUUCAGAGGAACAAAUACGGGGGAACUUAAUAAUAAAAAUGAAAAUCCAUGUAAUUCAAAAGGAAUCUAUAGGAAAAAUACAAGUAUAUCUGGCAUAAAUAAGGUAGAUAUAGUUAAGAGGUCCUUGAAAUGGUUUGAAAGUGAAAAAAAAAACAUAAUUCAUAAUAAAAGAAUCAGUGAUAACCAUAACAAUGGUGAUAAACUAAGUGAUAUUAACAAUGAUGAUGAACUAAGUGAUAUUAACAAUGAUGAUGAAAGAAAGAAUAAUGAAAAUAGUACCAUUUUAAGAAAUGAUGAACACAACUGUUUGAUGAAAAAUCACAAACCGAGAUUAAAAAACUAUAAGUAUUCUCAAUUAAAAGAUGAAUUUAAAGAAAUUAAUUACAACUCUAAGAAAAAUAGUUGUAGAUCGAAUGAUGGUGAUCUACCCAUUUCUAAGAAAAAAGAAUGCAUUUCAUCAAACAUGUUGGAUAGGGAUGUGCCGGCAUUUACUAAUAGGAACAGUGAAAUUUGGAAUAACGUGAAUAAUAGUAAGGAUUAUUUAAUCAAAGACAAAAUGUAUGUUAAACAGAAUAAGGGGUCACAUAAUGAAUCGCACAAAGAAUCAAAUAUGUGCAACAAACCAAAUGAUUCAGAUAAAUUAAAAAGUUCUAAGGAGAAAAAUAGCCAGAAAUGUUCAGAUAAGGACAAUUCAGUUUUACACAGAGAAAGAGAAAUAUAUGGAGAACAUAAGGAACAAAAUGAGACUUGUAAAAGUGAAUCUAAAGGAAGAUUGUUAACUAAUGAAUUGAAAAAAAAAUUAAGUAGAAUUUUAAACUCAUGUUCUAAUCCCAAUAAAAUUAACAUUCAUAACAAAAUAUAUGCACCUGAUAUCGAAAAAAUUAACCUGGAUAAUAACAAAAUAGUAUAUAUUAAUAAUAAUUAUUUUUUUAACCUUGAAAAGGGCAAUAAUUUUGAGAGUUGUGAUGGAAAUGUUACAAGAAAUUCUUCGAUGGAGUACAAUUUUAAAAAGCUGGAUUUACAAUUUUCUGAAAGCAAAAACGGUAUUUAUAGUUUUAAAUAUAUGAACAAUGUCUUAUCAUCAAGAAGUUCUAGCUUGUCCAAAGAAUAUGUCUUUGCUGAGAACUAUGGGUCUAAAAUUUUAGACGAUAAAAUUAACAAAUUAAAUGAACUAAGAAAAAAAUAUUUAUUAAAAAAAUAUUUAAAUGCAAUUUUGAAUAGAAAUAAAAGGAGCUUUGUAAGCAAUAGAAUAAAUAAAACACUGUACAACAUUGAUCUUCCAAAAUUAUGCUACAAUACGGAAAACAAGAAACUUGAUUGUAAAAAUGUUGUUAGGGAAAAGAAUACUGACAUAAAAAAAAAAACAUUUCGGGAAGGUUUAUGUAUAAAACAAAUCCUUAAUGAAAAGUUAAAAGUUAAUAAGAGAGAUGGAAGACCAUAUGAAGCACCUCAAUCACCGAAAAAACAGGAUAGGAUACCGAAACCUUUAGCUAGUCAAUUGGAUACUAAUUCUGCAUUAUAUUUAAAAAAAACGCCAUCAUACCCAUUUGAGGAAUUUAAUUUGUAA